AUGGCCUGUAACACAGAUGUCAAUUAUCACGAUGCACGAUGCAAGAUGCCAGUGGACUUAUUAGACGUCUCUCGGACACUGCGCGGCGGCGAGCUCCAAAUUGCAAAUAGACCAGCCGCAUCAACAGCCGAAAUACAGGAGUCGCCGCUUUCGAAGAACUAUCUAAUAGGUGAUUGA